AUGGUGCGGGAAUUAAAUAUGGAUACACAGCGUCAAAACUUUUGGAAGGAAUCCAUUGACAAGGAAGCAUAUGUCCGCUUAAACUGGCAUUCAAGAUAUUCCAAAGAAUUUGCGCGCGACGUAGCCGCCAUGGCUGCGAAACCUCGAAAAGAAGGACUUAAAAUCAACGCUUUGCAGGGGUUGAAGCAAGAAAUGGAAGAGAAGGAAAAGGAGAAGAAGGAGAGUACUACUAAAAAACAGCUUGAGGAGAAGGCUAAGGCUGAUCCAAAGUCCCUUCUUGUUGAAAUGCGUCCGGUUUCAGGCAAGACACGGGAAUUGUUGUACGACGGUUUCAGCGCACUUGGAGGCGGUCGCUAUGCAUAUUUACAGAAGAGAAAACUAAAGGCUCCCGAGCAUAAAUACGAAUUCCCCAUCACGAGCUCUUGGGAGAUCGGUUGGAGAUUAAACGACUGUAUGAAGACCACAAACCCAUCGUGCGGUCGUACUCGAGUCAUCAAGGACACGUUUUACCGUCAAAAUGGAAUUCUGUACAAUGACUGA